CUGAGAGAGAAGAAACCUAAAGAGCUGCAAGAGAUGGAAGCGCAACGACCGCUCCGAGAUUCAUACUAUUUUCGAUCUUCAGACUUUUCUCGAUGCGGGAAGGAAGGAAUCAAUAAGUUGGAUGUCAAUGAGCUUGCUUUUAUACUGUCUCGGUUAACGAUCAAGGAUGCAGCAGCAGCUAGGCUUGUUUCUCCCCAAUGGGCCCGUGCCUUUUAUAUGUAUUUCUCUAGAAUUAGCAUGCUCAAUUUCAAAUGGAAUGAAGCUUUGCUCUACUUCUGUAACAAGCCUCUGAAAUCAAGACACAGGGAGAGCCACAACUACGUGGAUUGGGUUAAUAAUGUGCUGGAGAAGCAUGACGGUGGAAAAAUCAAACAGUUUAGUGUCUGCUUUGACCUGGAUUGUCGUUUUACCAGCUCCAUUGAUAGAUGGAUCCAAUUUGCAAUGGAAAGAGAGGUCGAAGAGCUCGAGCUGGAGUUUCUGCUUACCCAAGGUCAUAAAUUCCAAGAUUCCUACAUAUUUCCUCAUCAACUAUUGGGAAUCUCUCACCUUUCUGGUCCAGGCUGCCAUAAUACAUAUCCACCCCGUUGGGAAGCAUGUGAGGAUUGCAUCACUAGUGCUUCUUCUUUUUGCAGGCCUCACCUUGAUCUCCCAACUGGAGGAGGAUUUAAGUGCCUCAAAGUUCUUCACCUGGAAAACGUAGAUGUGGAUGGACAAGUUGUCGAGUAUUUUCUGUCCAACUGUCGUGCCCUUGAAGGGCUGUCCAUCACUGGUGCAAUUCAUUUGCUCACCUUAACAGUCGCAGCUCCCUCUGCACCUUCUUUAAGGUAUCUAGUGGUCAAGAACUGUCUUCGGGUCACAAGCAUUACCAUCUGCAACUCCCACCUUUGUUCCUUCAUUUACAAAGGCAUGUCUAUGCACUUGCAACUUGACAAUGUGCCUUCUCUUGUUGAGGUCUGCCUUCAUCAAGCCGACUCCAAAACCUCUGACUUUGCCGCUCUUGCCUUCGAUCAGCUUUCCUCCCAUCUCUUUCAGCUACACACACUCAUGCUUGAUGUUCAGUUCAACGCACCGUUGUAUCUCAGUGCGUUUGCUUGUGCGGUUCCCAAGUUGCCAAACCUCCAGCAUUUGGACUUGGUUAUUCUAGCUGAUGAUCUAUGGAGCCUUCGUCGAUUAGCUGCUUUCCUCCGGGCGUCUCCACACUUGAAGAAACUUGUGCUCCAGCUGCAAUUCUACCCAAUCAAAGGAGAGUUGUAUAAUGAUGUGCAGUGUCCACAUGACCAUCUCAGGGUAGUGGAAAUUGUAGGGUAUCGUGUUUCCAAAAAGGCUACUCAACAUCUCAUGUUCUUGAUCGAGAAUGCUGCUGCAUUGGAGAAAGUUGUCAUUGAUCCUGCUUGCCGCUGGCUCCAUCAUCGCACUGGGGCAUACAGGAGUUUUAUAGAGGUCAAGGAGGAAGGAGAGGCAAGAGACCAUGCUAUGCUACAGCUUAAAGAAAUAAUCCCUCCAACUGUUGAAUUUGUAUGCUUGUAGUUAUCUGGGUGCUUGAAAUUUUCUGGAGAGUAAAGAUAUGUUCCUGUUAAUUAUUACUUCGUAGUCGCGACAUGCAUCCCAGCAACAGAUUCCUCAUUUGCUAUCAUGCAAUUGUGCAUCUGGGAAUGUUUUUGAUUUAUGCUUACGUCUACCUUGGAUUGUUCAGUCA